AGAUUUCUGUAAUCAAUAAUACAAACAAAGUCAGCAAUGGCAAGAAGGCUAAUAAUAAGCUCUCUCUUCUUUUCAUUCUUUCAUUUUCUUGUUUUUCAACUUAUCUUCCUUUCGGCAAAAUCAAAAUCUGUGUUGCAUUCAACAAAACAUGUCCCCUUGUUCAUCUUUGGUGACUCAUUUUUAGAUGCUGGAAACAACAAUUACAUCAAUACAACAACUCUUGACCAAGCCAAUUUCUGGCCUUAUGGCCACACUUUCUUCAAUUUCCCCACCGGACGUUUCUCCGAUGGCCGUAUAAUAUCCGAUUUUAUUGCUGAGUAUGCAAAUCUUCCAUUGAUCGCACCAUUCCUACAACCUGGCAAUGUUCAAUACUUGUACGGAGUGAAUUUUGCAUCAGCUGGAGCAGGGGUUUUGGCUGAAACUUUUAAAGGAGAUGUGAUUGACCUUAAAACGCAAUUGAAGUUCUAUAAGGAGGUGGACAAUAGCUUGAGAAAUAAGUUAGGGCAAAAUAAGGCAAAGAUGAUAAUAUCAAAAGCAGUUUACAUGUUUAGUAUUGGAAGCAAUGAUUAUAUGAGUCCUAUCUUGACCAAUUCCACCAUUCCACUCUCCAACUCCAAAUAUGUAGGGAUCAUCAUUGCCAACUUGACUAUAGUCAUUCAAGAAAUUUAUAAGUUAGGAGGUCGAAAAUUUGCCUUCAUUAAUUUACCAGAAUUAGGGUGUAUUCCUGCAAUAAGAAUAAUUAAACCAGAAAACAAUGGUAGAUGCUUGGAACAAACUUCAUUGCUUGCAACUUUGCACAACAAAGCAUUGUCUAAGCUUCUUGUCCAAAUGGAGAAGAGCCUCAAGGGUUUUAGAUAUUCACUGUUUGACUUCAAAAGCAGUCUCCACCAAAGAAUGAACCACCCUUCUAAAUUUGGUUUCGAGGAAGGGACGAGGGCAUGCUGUGGAGGAGGAAGAUAUGGAGGAGUUUAUAGCUGUGGAGGAAGGAGAAUUGUGAAGGAAUUUAAUUUAUGUAAAAAUCCAAAUAAUUAUGUGUUUUGGGAUUCUUUUCAUCUCACAGAAAAGGCUUACAUGCAAUUGGCCAUUGAAAUGUGGAAUGGGCUUAAUACCUCUCACAUUAUUGGGCCUUCCAAUAUGAAGCAACUUUUCCAAAAUUGAACCACCUUAGGCAAUCACCAAAACUCAAUUUAUCUUAAAAGGCAUUCAUGCAUUUCUCAA